ACUGCACAAUAACCAUUGACGCGACCAAAAACUGUAAUUUAUUGGCCGUACAAUCCAGGCCGUCUCACCUGCAACAAAACCCUAGAAAAGUCAAAAAGCGGCGGCUCUAUAGAAAAUGACGCUUUAUCUCUAUUUGGAUCUAUUCAUUUACGAAUUUGUCUUCCCUCAUGGCGUAUGCCUUACAAAGUUAGGGAGCUUCCCACUCUGGAUAUUUUCUAGGGUUUCGAGAUGUUGGAAUCAGGAUCAGGGGUUUUUCAGGCAAUUAUCGCUUUUUCUCUCUGUUUUCUGUUGUUUUUUGGAGAAGCUCAGGUCACUAGCCCAACUGAAGUCUCUGCUUUACGGUCAAUCAAGAGGAUGUUGGCCGAUCCUUUUAAAAGAUUGAGAAAUUGGAAUAAGGGUGAUCCAUGUACUUCGAAUUGGACUGGGAUCUCAUGCUUCAAUGCAACUGAAGAGGAUGGUUACUGGCAUGUUCGAGAAGUGCUGCUGCUGGAUAUGAAUCUCUCUGGUACCUUGGCACCUGAGAUUGGUCAACUAUCUUAUCUAAAGAUAUUUGAUAUUAUGUGGAACCAAAUGAGCGGCACAAUACCCAAGGAGAUUGGCAAUGUCAAGUCUCUGGAACUCCUGCUCUUGAAUGGGAACCAACUCUCAGGUUCUUUGCCAGAGGAGCUUGGUUAUCUUCCGAGCUUGAAUCGCUUACAAAUUGACCAGAAUGGAAUAUCAGGGUCAAUACCAAAGUCAUUUGGAAACCUAAACAACGCGAAGCACUUUCACAUGAACAAUAAUUCACUUAGUGGGGAAAUUCCAGUGGAGAUCUCCAAUUUGCCUAAUUUGGUUCACCUUCUUCUGGAUAAUAACAAUUUGACUGGACAUCUUCCUCCAGAAUUGUCAAACAUGCCGAGGUUGCUCAUUCUGCAACUUGAUAACAACCAAUUCACAGGCAGCCACAUUCCAGCCUCCUAUGCUAACAUGUCAAAAUUGUUGAAAAUGAGCCUUCGGAAUUGCAGCUUGCAAGGAAAUAUUCCCGACUUAAGUGGAAUACCUCGCCUUGGUUAUCUGGACCUCAGCUGGAACAAUCUUUCAGGACCCAUUCCAACAGGAAGACUAUCUUCAAACAUCACUACAAUUGAAUUGGCACACAACAGUCUCAAUGGAUCCAUUCCUUCAAACUUUUCGGGCCUUCCUCUUCUGCAAAGAUUGUCACUUUCCAGCAACAGAUUGAGUGGCUCAGUUCCAUCUACCACAUGGCAGAAUUUGUCAUUUAGUGACAAUGCAACUCUUGUUUUGGAUUUCCGAGACAACUUGCUUUCAGAUGUUUCUGCCUUGUUGAAUCCUCCAGCAAAUGUUACCAUUGAGCUUCAAGGAAAUCCAGUUUGCACGAACUCCAACAGGCUCAGUAUUUCCCAUUUCUGUGUUUCUCAGGCUCAAAGAAAUGACGAAAAGAAUAGCAAUGAACAAAUUGGUUGCCCACCUCAUGCAUGCCCUACAGAGAGCAAUUUUGAAUAUGUUCCUGAAUCACCAGUGCCGUGCUUUUGUGCAGCACCUAUUGAAGUUGGAUAUCGGUUAAAAAGUCCAGGAAUUUCAUCUUUCUCUCCCUAUGAGACAUAUUUUGAAACGUACAUCACGUCUGGUCUAAACCUAGCGUCUUAUCAGCUAGACAUCGAUUCUUAUUUUUGGGAACAUGGUCCUAGAUUAAGGAUGUUGCUGAAACUUUUUCCUCAAUUCGAUAACCACUCUAACACUUUCAAUUUAAGUGAAGUUCGAAGAAUACAAGAAUUGUUUACUGGGUGGACUAUUCAUCAUAGUGAUGUAUUUGGGCCGUACGAAUUGCUUAAUUUCACUCUCAAGGGACCAUAUGCAAAUAUGGUUCUUGAGUCUCCAAAGUCAGGAAUUGGCAUGGGUGCUAUACUCGGUAUUAUACUAGGAGCUGGUGCUGUUAUAGUUCUACUGUCUGCAAUCAUCUGUCUGCUCGUCAUGAAAAGGCAUACACGAUACCACCAUGGUAUCUCAAGCAAACAUCUAUUGUCAAAGUCCCCUAUCAAAGUUGAUGGUGUCAAAGAUUUUACAUAUGAAGAGAUGGUUCUGGCUACAAACAAUUUUAGCAGGUCCACACAAGUUGGUCUAGGAGGAUAUGGUAGGGUCUAUAAAGGCCUUCUAGCAGAUGGUACAGUAGUUGCUAUAAAACGUGCAGAGGAAGGUUCUCUGCAGGGCCAGAAAGAGUUCCUCACAGAACUUGAGUUACUGUCAAGGGUGCAUCAUCGUAACUUGGUGUCUCUUGUUGGUUAUUGUGAUGAAGCCAGUGAAGAGAUGCUGGUUUAUGAGUUCAUGCCAAAUGGAACACUACGUGAUCACCUUAGAGGAAAAUCAAAGGAACCUUUGGGUUUUGCUAGGAGGUUACGCAUAGCAUUAGGCUCAGCUCGAGGCAUACUCUACCUACACAACGAAGCCAAUCCGCCUAUAUUCCACCGUGACAUUAAAGCAAGCAACAUUUUAUUGGACUCAAAAUUUGUCGCCAAAGUUGCAGAUUUUGGACUCUCAAGGCUUGCCCCAGUUUCAGAUCUUGAUGGCAGUGCUCCAGAUCACGUUUCCACCGUGGUGAAAGGCACUCCAGGUUAUCUGGAUCCAGAAUACUUCUUAACCCACAAAUUGACGGAUAAAAGCGAUGUUUAUAGUUUGGGAGUCGUGUUUCUUGAGAUCUUGACUGGGAUGCGUCCAAUUUCUCAUGGCAAGAACAUUGUUCGAGAGGUGAAUACUGCCUAUCAAUCAGGCACAUUGUCCUCAAUUAUAGACCAGCAAAUGGGUUCAUACCCUUCAGAAUGCUUGGACCAAUUCAUGAAGUUGGCUUUGCGAUGCUGCCUUGAGGACACAAUGGCCCGCCCCUCCAUGGCUGAAGUGGUUCAAGAACUCGAGAACAUUUGGAAAAUGACACCGGAUUGUGACUCGACCCCCCCAGAUUCUGUCAGCAUCUCCACUGGGAACCCUAGUUCUCCAGCCUCCGAAUCAUAUAAUGGUUAUGGCAGCGAUCAUAUAAGCGGCGUUGUUCCCAAUAUCAAUCCACGUUGAGGUGAUCAUCAUGUUUAUUGUUGCACAAGCACACUUAACUUCGGAGUCCGAUGACCCAUCCCCUAGUAUGUAUGUAUGGAUGAACACAUACAUACAGACUUUUAGGGUUCUUCUGUUCUGUGACCCAUCUCUGGUAAGUAUGUAUGUAUGUGUGGGACCCAUAUUUAUUUAUGCAUACGUUCUUUGGAGAUAUCAUGCACUAGAACAUACCCAUGCACAGAUGCAUUCUUAGGAAGUUCUUUUAUGACUCGACAACUAGCCUGUAUGCAUGCAUGUAUCCAUGCAUGUUGAAAUCUGUGUAUAUUGUAUGUUGCACUGGUUACGUGUAUUCGGAUAUUCUAAUUCCAUUUUGCUCCUAUUUUAGUGAGUAUAGACUCAAAGACUUUUUAACUGUAUGAUACAUUCUUUAUCUGUGUAUAUUUUAUCUUCAAUGUGACAGUAAUCUUUUAGUAA